AUGACGACGAUACGGCGGUUCUGUUGCAACGACCUUCUCCGCUUCGCUUCCGUCAACCUCGACCAUCUCACUGAAACUUUUAACAUGUCAUUUUACAUGACCUACUUGGCGAGAUGGCCCGAUUAUUUUCACGUCGCCGAAGCCCCCGGCAACAAAGUCAUGGGAUACAUUAUGGGGAAAGUGGAAGGACAAGGCGAGUCCUGGCACGGCCAUGUGACUGCGAUUACGGUGGCCACGGAAUUCCGCCGGCAGCAAUUGGCCAAGAAGCUUAUGAACCUGCUGGAAGAUAUCAGUGACAAGAUUGAUAAGGGGUACUUCGUGGAUCUUUUUGUGAGAGCAUCAAAUACGCCUGCGAUCAAGAUGUACGAGAAGCUUGGAUAUAUAAUCUACAGACGGGUGCUUCGCUACUACUCUGGGGAGGAAGAUGGCUUAGAUAUGAGGAAAGCGUUAUCUCGCGACGUGGACAGAAAAUCAGUCAUCCCUCUUAAACGGCCUAUUACUCCCGACGAACUGGAGUACGAUUGA